UUCAAGAAAACAGUGAUAAAGGUCUAUAUGUAAUCACAAAUUCAUAUCAUGAAUUAGAAUAUCUAAAUAUUUCUAAUCAUACAGAAUUUUCUGAAAUAUCAAUUUGUAAUAUUAUUUGUUCUAACCCAAGGUAUGAUAAAAUUAGUAAAGAAGCUAUAGAUAAGCUCAUUUCACUUAAUCCAAAUAUCUGUAUUAAGUAUUUAGCAAAAACUUUAAUACAUCCUAAAUUUAUUAAUACAUUUAGAGAUUAUCUUGCUAAAAAUCAUUUAUCUCAGUUAUACCAGCAAUAUAAUCCAAAUAUAUCUAUAAUUAGUCAAUCAUUAAAUCAAAACAAUUUUUUCACCUUAAUGUUAAAAGUGCUUAAGAAUAUACUAGCUGAUCUAACUAACCCAGAGCAGUAA